AUCUUGCAGCAGAAGUUUGACGACUUCAUGCAUGAAUUGACGGCAAGUGAGGACCGUGUUAAAACACUUCAAGGUAAAGCUGCGGCAAUGAUUGAAGCUGAUCACUAUGAGAAAGAUAAGAUUGAGAAAAAGAACACUGAAAUUACACAGAUGUGGGCGGAGCUAAAGGAAGUUACCAAUGCUAGACAGGAGGCACUCAUGGCUGCAAAACAAGUCCAUAUAUAUGGACGUGAUGCAGACGACACUCUGGAAUGGAUACAGGAAAAAGAAGGCGUUGUUUCCAGUGAUAACUUUGGCCAUGACCUUGAAACUGCACAAGCAUUAGUUAGCAAACAUGAAAUCAUGGAGCGUGACCUUGCGGCCAUCAGUGAGCAGGUAGAGUCUAUCACCAAGGAGGCUGAGAGGUUGAUUAGUCAGUUUCCAGAUGCCCAGGAGCAUAUUGCUGCCAAACAUGAAGAAAUGGUACAGGCCUGGAAUAUCCUCGUGGAAAAAGCUGCGAUGAGGAAAGAGAAACUUAACCAAGCGGAACAAUUACAGAUGUACUUCAAUGACUACAGAGAAUUAAUGGCUUGGAUCAGUGAGAUGAGGGCAGUGAUUACAGCCAUGGAGUUUCCUCGAGACCUUCAAGGUGCCGAGGCCAGUAUGUCACGCUGGAAGGAGCAUCGUUCCGAGGUGGAUUCGAGAAAAGAUGCUGUAAAUAGGUUCCUACAGACAGGACAAGUUAUGAUUGAUGAGAAACAUUUCCUCAGUGAUCAGAUUGAAGCAAAAAUUACAGACUUGAAUUCUGCAUGGAAACUAUUACUUUCCACAUUAGAGCAGACAAAGGUCUUAUGUGAACAGAACUUGGAGGCACAGCAAUUGAAACAUGAGAUGGAACAGCUGGAGGGAUGGAUGUCAGUAAGAGAGAAUCAGACCAAGGACAAGAACUUUGGUGAUAACAUUACAAUAGUAGAGGAGUUGUUGAGACGACAGCAGGACUUUGAGAAAACUGUAGAUGCUCAGGAAGAAAAGUUCUCCGCCAUCAAGAGGGCUACAAUGUUAGAACAGGGUGUAGAAGACAAGAACAAGAAGUUUAGAGAGGCCGAGGAGGCGAGACGGGAGAAAGACAGACUUGAAGAGAUGAGAAGAAAGGAACAAGCUAAGAUCAUGGAUACCCCGCCUGUAUGUGUCAUAAGUAGAAUAGAUUACCAGCUCUUGUUUUCAUCUUUUACUCUUUGUUUAUAAUGCUAUUAAUACUAGAAUCUUACAAGAAUCCUUCAAACCUAUUAUGAAAGGGCAUUUUUUUCUUCUCCUUUAUGUU